AUGUUAGCCCAGGUACCAGAGGAAACCCUAACCCAGCACAGUCGUCUGGAGGCGCGCAAGGCCGUUGAGAACCUUAAAAGGAAUCUCAUGAGCAGCGAUUUCUCUGACUUCCAUCAGAGUGCCAAGCAGCCCAAAACGUCCUUGGUCCAGCCGCCGCAGAUAACGAUGACAACCGCCCCGGCGCCACAGAUGUCACCCGGCAUGGGCCAGGGCCUGAUGUACGCGACUGGCAGCCCGCACUUUAUGCACGAGAUUAAGGUGGAGAACGCCUACAUGGACGUGGACAGUCGCAGCAGUCAGUGCGCCUCGGUGGACUACAACUUUCCCUCGCCCCGAUCCACCUGCAGCACAACGGACGGCAUACCGCCCAUGCGAAUCGGCCCCAAUAAUAAUCUCUAUCAGAAUUUGGAUGCGAUGGGUGCGACGCUGCAGGAGCCGGCGAGCUAUGCGCGGAAUGGCUGCAGUCCGACAGGCUUCAGUGGUGGCUCCAUGACACCCAUCAACCACAACAGCAAUAGCAACAUGAUGAACAAUAACUUUUUGAGUCUCAAGCUGGGUGCAAUGAACCCGCCGUCCAUCACACCGCCACAGCAAAUGGAUCAUCAGAGCAUCAUCAAGCAGCGAUUCCUGGUCCAAGAGUCUCAGCCUGCGCCACACUACCUGCAACGGACACAGCCAGAGCAGCAGCAGCAGCAGCAUCUACAGCAGCAGCCUCAGCAUCAUCAGCAGUACCCCCCGCAGCAACAGCAGCAGCAGCAGCAGCAACAGCAGCCUCAACCGGAGGCACAGAAUCAAUCCUUUAGCGAUCUGAUAUUGUCCAGCACGAUGAUGGAUCUGGGGCCAAUGGAUAGCAAUGAUCUGCUGCAAGGCAUGGAGGAGACGCUAAGCAGUUUGGGCCUAACAGGAGGCGGUGGUGUCGCUGGAGCCACGCAAAUGAACAAUCAUUACAAUAAUUAUUAGUGUGUAUUUGUUAUGUAUAUUCUUAACCAUCCGUAGAGCUAUGUAUGUAGACGGUUGCAGCAGCAGCAACUAUGCAACCGAUAUAGACCUCUAUUACAUGACUCUGUUUCGAGCAGAUUGUACAUAGAUCUUAAAUAGAGGAAGAGAGUGAGAGAGUGAGAGAGGGGGGAUAUGCGAAUCUCAUUGCCCGAUAUCGUGUUUCGUUUCGUGUAAUUGUUAAUGACAAAAUAAUAUAUAUAAUAAACUAUAAUUUAUGAUGUUA